GUUUAACCUGUCUUUCUAUGGAUCUCACGUCCCAUCCAUUCCCCUAAUUAUAAUUAUUUUAAUUAUAAUUAGCUUAUAUAUAAUAAUAAUAAUAAUAUCACUUCACAUCAUUCACGAAUCCACAUUACAAUUCAAAACGAACUUGGGAGACUUAAGACUCUCUCUCUCUCUCUAACCCUUAACGCGAAGGAGGGAGACUUAAGAUUUCUCAUCCUCUUCUGGAUCUCCUAGUUGCAAGAUGGUGGUUGCAAAUAAAUAUGUUGUUGAUUUGAAUAAGCCCCUUGUUUUCCAGGUUGGGCAUCUUGGUGAAGCUUAUGAAGAGUGGGUUCACCAACCUAUUAUAAGCAAGGAUGGCCCUCGUUUCUUUCAUAGCAGUUUCUUAGAGGUACUCACGCGCACUGCUUGGUGGGUGAUUCCAAUUGUUUGGGUGCCAGUUGCAUCUUGGUUUAUUUAUAAUUCAUUCAGAUUGGGACUCCCUAUUCAUCAACUCCCUCUUUUCGUAAUUCUUGGAAUUUUCGUAUGGACAUUGGCCGAAUACUUGUUGCACCGUUUUCUUUUCCAUAUUCAAACUAAGACCUAUUGGGCAAAUACCUUGCAUUAUCUUCUCCAUGGCUGUCACCAUAAGCACCCUAUGGAUAGCUUAAGACUUGUUUUCCCACCAACUGCAGCCACUUUAAUAGCCCUGCCGAUCUGGUCCGUAGUGAAGCUUGUAUGCCCUCCUUCAAUUGCUCCUGCUGUGUUUGGAGGCAUUUUGUUGGGCUAUGUAAUGUAUGAUUGUACCCAUUACUACUUGCAUCAUGGUCAACCGAAGAGUGAUGUGCCCAAAAAUCUCAAGAAGUACCACUUGAAUCAUCACUACCGGGUCCAGAACCUUGGCUUUGGCAUCACUUCACCACUAUGGGAUAAGGUUUUUGGAACUGUUCCUCCACCAUCAAAGGCGGAUGCCAAACGUAGAUAAGUUAUAGUUGAGGUUACCAUUUGUUCAUUGGUUAAUUAUAGCAAAUUGUGGAGUUCAGACAUAAAAAGUCAAGAAUUCAUGCUUGUAAUUGUCUAAUUUUCUUUUCUCCUUAAAUUAUGUUUUUUGAGGGUUAAUGCACCAUCUUGUGUCGAACAUUAUGUACAAAUUGAUAAUAUGUAUCAAAUUUAUAUAGUAGAUAAUAACUCUUGCUAGUC